UUUGUGUAAGCUUGAAAUUUUCAUAUGUUCUUACUUAUCGUAUCCAUCAAAACCAAAAAAAAUAUAUGGUAGUGUCGCAUUGGUUACUAUUCUUUCCAUGGAUCUUAGGAUCUCUCAAGCUACAUCCCGUAUCAUUUUUCAGGAGACAACCAUUGCUGAUUACCACCAACACUGGAUGAUCCAAUUCUCUCGAGUUUAUAGCGAUGAGUCGGAGAAACAGAUGAGGCUUAAAAUAUUCAAGAAAAACUUGGAAUUCAUUGAGAACUUCAAUAACAAGGGGAAUCAAAGCUACAAACUUGGUGUCAACGAGUUCACGGAUUUGACCGAUGAGGAGUUCCUAGCCACCAACACGGGUAUCAGUGAUAUUAACGUAACUUCACCAUCCGUAACGAUGCUACCUUGGAAUUGGAACGUCAGCCGCGUUGGUGAGAGUAAGGACUGGAGAAAGGGAGGAGUUGUAACACCUGUAAAAAAACAAGGAGGAUGUGGUAAGCUUGCUAGAAUUACAUAUUAUAACAAAAACCUAGUAUCACUGUCCAAACAGCAACUUAUAGAUUGUGAUAGAGCGCGUAACCAUGGCUGCAAAGGCAGAUCAAUGAGUCAAGACAUAUGCUUUCCAGUACUGUACAUUGUAUCAAACCGAGGCAUUGCUUCAGAUCAAGCAUAUCCUUACCAAGUGAAAGAUGGGGCUUGCCAGUCACACGUCAAACCCGCCAUGCAGAUCAAAGAGUUCAAUGCAGUUCAACAAAAAAACGAGUGUGCGUUGCUUGAGGCUGUAUCGCGACAGGCCGUCUCGGUGGGGAUUGCUGCAAGGAAACAGUUUCAUCCAAGUGGAGUGUAUAAUGCCGGAGACACUGGGACACUUAUGAAUCAUGCAAUGACGUUGGUUGGGUACGCAAGCCCAGAAGGAAUCAAGUAUUGGCGGGCUAAGAAUUCAUGGGGUACGACUCGGGGAGAGAAUGGUUACAUUAGACUUCGUAGAGAUGUGGAGUGGCCUCAAGGCAUGUGUGGUGUCGCUCAGUAUGCUUUCAUUUUGCUUGACUAGCUAACUCGGUUAUAUGAUUUUAUACUGAAAUAAGCAAACUAAUAAUUGCUAACAGCGUUACAAUUAUGUUUAAAAUUUAAUGAAGCAAGUAUCCCAAGAAAUUGAUUUAAAACGAAUGGAGAACACAUAAAAAGAAGAAGCAUAUCAGGCAAGAUUAGAGAUAAAAUGAGGAGAAAAACGAGCUUUAAGCCUGUUUGCCGCUGCUGGGGUUGGACUUAGGGCAGACUGCAGAGGUUCCAACGUCCCUUGGCACGUCGGCGCUUGAUGGUGGCUCGACCACUAAUGGUUCGCAUCCUCAAACGGAAACCAUGAGUCCUAGCCAGUGACUUUCUUGAUCGGCUUCUCUUUGUUUGACACAAAGCAGCUUUUCCAGCUCUCACCAAAGCCCUCUGCGUUUUUGGCCAUUCAUUCCAGUGCUGAGAUCAAACGCAAUGGACAAACCUGGCAAAAGACAUGGAAACGAAACAAGAACGUUAUAUGGUCGGGUAGUAUCUAAGCUAGAUAUUGUAUUGUUCCGAAUCUCCAAGUCUUUGAUAAUUAAAAGAACAUGUAUUCAAAGCUAUUACAAUACUGUAGUCUACUGGUUAAGGUUUAAAGACUUUUACACUCAGGUUUGGGGUUCGAAUCCCAAACUAUACAAUACUAUAAACAAUUUAUUGUAGUAUUGUAAUCUUUUACAUAUCAUAAUAAAUCAGCUUUAAAAAAAAACUAUUAAUUUUGCAGAGAAAUAGGAAAAGAAAAGAAUUUUAGUUAGUUAGUAAAUUAUUGUUUUUUUUAUAGUUAUCUCAUCCAAUUUCUUUUUUUUCUACCUGCAGCGUAGAGUGUUUUAUCAUGUGCAGUCGCUACCAUCGUAAGAUUAGUCUAGUCACCAAUAAGAACAAGCCACGUGAGAGAUCAUGAAGUGAAUAGUAGACCCAGAACACUGACUAUGAACCCAACAAUCGUCAACAACUUGCUGAGACUUAUCUUUCGGAAUAGACUUGAAUCAUGAAUCGGGUUUAGGACUUGAGACAGACCAGAUUCUGAACAGGUCUAACAAAGAAAUUAAAUAAAAGGCUAAAAGUAUCUCAGCCGGUGGUUAUGUAACACAAUCUUGCCUGCGGUUAUGAAUUGUUCAAAAAAAGCACUCUAUACAACACUGAACGGGAAGAACCACACAAGAAUGUCGUACCGUAACUAAAAGAUAUUUCUACAACUUUCCAACAUUGCAUCAAUUAUUUUUUUCGUGAGGUUAACACCAGAUACCAGUCUUUCAUCGUUUGAACAUCUUGGACCACAUGUAGAGAAUAAAGAAGCAGAACA